AUGGAUAAAAUUGUUGAUUUCCCGCUUGCUCUUUGGACCCCGACUGGUAUUUCUAAAGUUGCAAGCUACAUCGGUAUUCCUCUGUCGGUUGAUGCAUUAACGACUAAGCGAACUCGUCUCACUUUUGCUCGGGUCUGUGUGCAAAUCUCAAAGGAUUCUCCUCUUCCUGAUUCUAUUCCUUUGGAGAUUGAUGGGGAAGAUAUGAUUUUAAAGGUUGUUUACGAUUGGAAGCCGACUUCAUGUGAAGGUUGUCGUUCUCUUAUACAUCCCUUUUCCCUCUGUUCAAAAAAUCCUAAUCCUUCCUCUGCUCUUGUUUUACCUCCUAGGCCUCACGGGAGGAGUACCAGUCGCCCUCCUAGACCUAAUACUAGGAACCCUUCUAAAACCCCUCCUAUCUCUGUUGCUACCGAAAACCCCUUAUUACCUUCCCCUAUGUCGAUUGUUGAACCUCCAGUUAGCUCUGUUGUCAUCCCCAUUCCCCCUGCAGCCCCACCCAAACCUCCGGUUCUUCAGGAAGUCAAGGCUGUUGCUCCUUCUACUCUGAAUUUAAUUCAUAGUGAUCCUCACCUUCCUCUCCUCUUACCUCCAGGAAAUGCUAACCUUAUUCCUAACCUAAACUCUCCCAAUGCUGAAGACCACUCUGAAGCCUCUUCAUCCACUUCCAGUCCACUUGAAGUCCAUCAUCACACUUCUUCAUCUCUCCCUUCUUCCUCUAAUCUCCCUACAUCCAACAAAUUUAAGGCGUUAAUUGUUGAGGACUCUCCCAUUAUUGACGUCCCUAAUUUGCAGACCCUAUCAUUUUUUUGUCUUUUGGAAGCAAAAGUACAUUCCUCUUCUGUUGAUGAUGACUGGUUCAUUCAUUCUCACCGGAUUUUUGAUAAUGAGAUGCACUGUCAUAAUUUUGGUUUCUCCAUUUUGGGUCGUAUUUGGAUCAAAUGGGACCCUACCCACAUCUCUUUCUCCCCCUAUUUUAUCUCCUCUCAGUUGAUUCAUGGCAUUAUCUCUGUGGGGUCUUUACCACCUUUUCAACUCUCCAUUAUCUACGCUGCUAAUACUUUUGAAGAACAGACCUCUUUAUGGACUAAGAUCAGAGAGCUUACUCCCUCCUCUCCUCUCCCGUGGAUGGUUAUGGGGGAUUUGAAUUGUUAUAGAUUUCCUAAUGAGAAGGCGGGUGGUACCCCUGCCUCUGCGAGCAAGUUAUCUGAAUUGAAAGGUUUGGUUUUUGACUGUGGGCUUCAUGACUUGGCCUCUGUUGGGCUGUUGUAUACUUGGCAUAACCAGCGUUCUAAUCAUCCUAUUCAUAUUAAAUUGGACAGGGUUUUAGUGAAUUCUGACUUCCUUAACCAUUUCCCCCAAGCUCACUACAAGAUCACUGCCCCUGUCUGCUCUGACCACGCGCCUCUCUUCACUUCCAUCACUUCCCCGAAUGGCCUUCCUUGCCGCUUCUUAUUUAAGAAUUAUUGGACUUUCAUGAAUGGCUUUUGGGAUGAUGUGCUUACUGCUUUCUCUGAACCUUUUCUAAAAGGCCCUAUUUGUCACCUUCAGCACUGCAUUAAGGUUCUAAAAGGUUUAUUAAAGAAUAGAAGCUGGACUUCUUCCAAUUUCCUUUCUAACAGCAUCUUGGAGCUUAAGUGCAAUCUUCAAAUUUGCUUAGACAAUAUUCAAAUCUGA